UUAGAUUGUAAGAUAUGCCGUUUGGAAGUUGGUUAAUACGUUGGAUUAGUCGACCAUUUCGGGGUUGUUUAGGAGAGUCAAGAAGAAAGGGCCUAAACAUAGAAAAUAUACUUAGAGACAAUGACAGGGUUAUGUUUGUGGAGAACGGUCAUGGCAGAAAGGGCAUAUUAAUUUUCAGACAAAAAGUAACAAAGAGCGGAACUGGUUUAAUCUACGCAGGCGUAAGCUUCGUCGACCAACUUCCUGUUGUCUUUAAGGUGGUCAAGAAAAAGUAUCGCAAUCUGCUUUUGAAGGAAUAUAUGAUCAUGAGGUCCGUGUGGCAUAGAAAUGUUUUGCCGGUCUGGGAAAUCGACUUCAGCAUCAAAGGAGAUCUUGUCAUUAUGCGGAUGGAUGGUGCGUAUUAUCGGGACUUGUACUCGUAUAUAAGUGCAAUGAAAGGGUAUGUAACAAGGGCCCUGUUAGAUAAGUGGAUGAAAGAACUAGUCUCUGGUAUGUGUCACGUGCACAGUAAAGGGUACGUCCAUGGUGACCUUAAUUACAAGAAUGUAUUACUGACCAAAGAUUUAUCAAUUAGAGUCGCUGAUUUCGGAUCCGCCGAUAAGAAGUCCAAAUUUAAGUUAACCCGAUAUGAUCCACAAUUUCUUCCUCCUGAACUCAACCCUUGGAGAUUAGAGCCGAUUCCAUAUGAGUACGACCCCCGCCUUAUUGAUAUAUGGGGUGUCGGGGUUGUGUUGUUUUUCGCCUUGACCAAACAUCACCCGUUCACAGAAAUUAUAACUAUGUCUUCCACUGAUAUUCACGGGAAUUGUCCCGGAGAAACGCUAAUUUAUGAAGAUGACCGGAAGCGUUGUAGUCCCUCUUACGCCAAAGUAGUCGGAAAGCUCAUGGAUUACAAUGCCGCUCGGCGCCCUAAACUUAAUUAUAUAAUUGAGCAAAACUAUUUCAAUGAAACACAGACUUAGGGUCAUUUUGAUGUCGAACGGUUUUAUCAAAUGUUGAGUUAAAGAAAGCUUUAAUUAAUUUUUAAACUGAAGCAGUUAAAAUACCCUAUUUCUGAAUCGACAAAUAUAAAUCCUCAUCCAUAAUCAUAACAGAUGCAGAUAUAAUUUUUUUAGGAGAGAAGGAUGGACGGAAGAAAUAAAAAACAUCCCUUCCAAAUCCAUCCCCCGUUAAACAUCAACGUAAACUGUUCUCACUAGUGAUGCUUUCAAUCUUAUUAAAAACAAGCAUUAAAAUCAAUUAUCAUUUUUCUCA